AUGGGCAAGCGGAUCAUCGUUACUGGUGGCUCCGGUAAGGCCGGUCAGCAUAUCAUCAGAUAUUUGCUUCAGCAAGGCCACGAUGUUCUCAAUCUUGAUCUGGUAGCCCUUCCAGCAGAAUUCUCGGAUCGCGUCCAUACAAUGAUUGUCGACCUUGCGGACAGCGGUCAAGUCUACUGCGCGUUGAGCUCUCAUUUCCACCUUACCGAGCCAUUCAGAGAGCCUCUAAAUUUAGUGCCCGAUGCAGUCAUUCAUAUGGCUGGCUAUUCGCGAAACAUGAUCGCCCCUGACAAUGAAACCUUUCGAAGCAAUACUAUGUCGAAUUAUAACGUUAUUGAAGCGGCAUGCAAGUUGAACAUUAAAAAGAUUAUCAUUGCUAGCUCGAUCACUGUCUAUGGUGUCAGCUAUGCAGAGGGCGAUGUCGACUAUCCAUCUUUCCCAGUCGACGAAGAAGUUGACGCCAACCCUAUGGACACGUACGCCAUAGCGAAGGUAUGUGCGGAACGUGUCGCGCGUGGCUUUGCACGUCGUUUCCAGAGAGAUAUUUAUGUGUUGCGGAUUGGCCGAAUCGUUGCACCGGAGGAGUACAAGCAGCCCAUGUUUGAUAGCUAUGUCAAGCAGCCAGAGAAAUGGGCAGCCCAUGCCUGGUCAUAUACCGAUGCACGCGACCUCGGGAAAAUGUGCGAUUUGGCAGUCCAAAAAGACGGACUAGGGUUUCAAAUAUUCAAUGCUGUGAAUGAUGAAAUCACCAACUAUACUUCCUCCUCUGCGGAAUUUGUUGCAAAGGUGUCGCCCAACUCUCCUUUAACGAGGGAGAUGGAUCCACGUGAAGCUCCGGUAACAAACCGAAAGAUCAAGGAGUUGCUGGGCUUUCGUCAAGACCACCCGUGGCAGCAGUACUAUGAAAAUUGA